AUGGACUCUGAAGCCCUCAUCCUCCGCUUCGACGAAUGGAUCGAGCAGGCUCGCCGGCGAGUCGAGCAGCACAGUUUGGCCGCUGAAUCCCUCAAGAACAUCAUCGUCAUCGUCAGUACUAGUCUUCUGUCGCUUCCCAAUCUCUUACAUUAUGCCAUCAUCCAGGGCGCCUUCAUCGCUGGCGUACAAUCCCAGCUCCUGACCUCGACCAUCGAGCUCGACAGGAGCCAGAUAGCAGACGCAUGUAACACGCUGUCCUUCAUGGGCCUCGUGGCCGAAAUCGUGGGGACUUUCUUCGGGUCAGUCAACGCCCUCAAACUCCACAAAGAGGCUACCGUCGGCGACCGAUACCUCUCGGAACUAUCCAAAUGCCGCGCCGACCUCAAACUUGUCUUUGCCCAUGUGCAUCACGAGUUGACGAAAGAAACAUUGGAGAGGACGAGAGUGGAAACUCAACAGCAGUACGGCUCGGCGCUUAACAAUACGGGCGCCGGGGUAUUCAAGGACCUGCAGAUACACUAUCAUUUCAACAAGGAGCUUGCGUUUGACCCCAAGACUGCGGACUUGGUCGAUACGUGCUAUGAAAUCCAGAAGACCUUGGAUGGAUUGAUGAAGGGCACGAAAUAUCCCGUUCCGAGCGAAAUUGUCCACUUGACCCAGGCUUUGUUUAACAAAGUGGGGGAGAUUGCCUUGAGGGACGGGACUUUAAGGAGACCUGUUCCCCGAAUCCAGUUCACUCCUUCAGGGACCACCGUGGGGGUGACUAUCGAGGAGCCUCACGAAAUUUCCCAAGCUCCGAUCUGGGUCAUGGGCUUGGGAGUGAUAUUCUUGGGCGCCUCUGUGAUCCUGUUCGCAGCAGCAAAACAGGAGGAGCUGAGCAGACGACUAUGGAUCACGUCCCUGGCCUUUGGCGGUGCUCUCACACUGUGGUGCAUCCCUCGCAGAUCGCCGAUUUUGACCUGGAAGCGGUUCAAGAGUCGUUGGCUUCACGGACCUAAGUGGCGUGAUGACGAAGAAACGAAUCGGCGGAAUGCCUGA